UCCUGACCAGUUGGGGCUUCAGGCUGAUCUCCUACGGAGACUCCUAGUCUUGCGUUUUGAUUCCCUUGCGAGAGCUUUGAGCGUGGUGGGUCCCCGGCGCCGGGGUCCCGGGUGUGUGUGGUCGUGCAGCCUGCAGCUGGGGGUCCUCGGCGCGCUCGCGUCCUCGGCGGCUGGCCUGAAGAGACGCGCCCCAGCCCUGCGGGGAUGGAACGGACCAAGCUGCUGAAGCCCCGGACCCUGACCGACCUCAUCCGCAUCUUGCAUGAGCUCUUCGCCGGGGACGAAGUCAACGUGGAGGAGGUGCAGGCUGUACUGGAAGCCUAUGAGAGCAAUCCCGCCGAGUGGGCUUUGUAUGCCAAAUUCGAUCAAUACAGGUAUACUCGAAAUCUUGUGGAUCAAGGAAACGGGAAAUUUAAUCUGAUGAUCCUGUGCUGGGGUGAAGGGCAUGGCAGCAGUAUCCACGACCACACGGACUCACACUGCUUUCUGAAGCUGCUGCAAGGAAAUCUAAAGGAGACAUUGUUUGACUGGCCUGACAAAAAAUCCAACGAGAUGGUCAAGAAGUCUGAAAGAACCCUGAGGGAAAACCAGUGUGCCUACAUUAAUGAUUCCAUUGGCUUGCACCGAGUGGAGAACGCCAGCCACACAGAGCCUGCUGUGAGCCUUCACUUGUACAGUCCGCCUUUCGACACGUGCCAUGCCUUCGAUCAAAGAACGGGGCAUAAAAACAAAGUCACCAUGACAUUCCACAGCAAAUUCGGAAUCAGGACUCCGUUUCCAACUUCCGGGUCACUGGAGAACAACUAGAGUCUACCAAGCUCUUCAAAGUUUUGCUUCCGGGUCCACUGAAUGUUUUACCUUGGACAGAGAGGCCAUCCACCAUUUGCUGUCUAGUUACAUAGUUAUAAGUCUGUGCUCAGUUCCGCUGCAAAGGGUGUGUACUAAGGAAGCAAACGAUGCCCAAGCUAUGCAGGAGAAAAAUCCCACUAAAGAAAAAGUCACUUGAUUUUUAAUGACCAAGUUUUUAAUGACCAGGUUCUUUUGUCUUCUAAUUCUACUUGGGGGAGGGGUUAUCCAUAGAAACUCUACUGGGGGCUUUCAGUGGGGUUUUUCAUCCUUAGGAAACACUCUGGUCUUUGAAUUUUAAUAAUCAAUAAGUAAAAAUAAGACACAACGAACUAUCACAUGUCCGUUUUCAUACCUGAAAGUCUAAAUGUGGAAAUCUUUUAAUAUACUUUGUAUGUUCUUAAUAUUUGACGAGAAUUUUUUCUUCAACCCUAUUUGACAAAUUCCUACGCUGUGGAGACUAGGGAGGCAGAUAGCAGUUUGGUGCUGGGUAGUGAGCGGCAGGGGGUUAGAAAUGUGCGUGAAGCCAGACCUCCUGCAAACAAAAGCUGAAACUCAUGUAUAAUGUGCACCUUCACCUUGAGCUGCCACCAAAAUUGCCAAACAACUUUAAUAAAACUGAAUUUGAGAAGAACUACA